UGAACCUGUAGCACUACGACAUGGCUCUCCUCAUCCACCUGCUGCUGUGUGCAGUGCUCAUCUCUCUGGUUCACACGGACUCCACUGAAAACAUGAAGGAGGCCAUUCUACAAAAACUCGGACUAACCGAACUCCCGAGCAUCCACAAGAGAGAUUUAGAAAAUCUGGUGAUCCCGAAUCACAUCAAGAACAAGUAUCUGUCCAUGCUGAAACUACACCAUGCUCGGAGGCGGAGAUCUCUGCCCAGUUUGGCGGGAAUCUUUAGGCGUAUCCAUGGCAACACAGAUAUAACAAGCGAAAUGAAAUACUCAGAUAUGACUCGACAACAUGUGGUGUUUGACAUGGAGACCCGGCUGAAAGAAAACAGCGAGGUGGCCAUGGCAGAGCUCAAACUUUACCAGACGGCUGUGCGUAAACUGCCUGCGACCGACAAGAAGAAGCACAGACCCGUCAAUCAUGCUCGCGUGAGCAUUUACUGGGUGUGCAACCAGUCCAACCACAGCUCACUGGUUGACUCAAGGUUGGUCCAAGUGAACGAGGUCGGCUGGAGGAGCUUUGACGUGACCCAAGCGGUUCACUACUGGUCCAAAUCAAUGACUAAAAGCCCACUGCAUUUGGAGGUACGGAUCGAAGGAGAAAGACCUGGAAGUUAUGCAGCUGAAAUGGCAAAGCGAGUGAGAUUCACCACGCAGAACAGCCUCGACACCACUGCAGGGACACCUGAGCUCGUGCUGUACACCUUGAACUUGGAAGAAUAUGGGUCCCUGGGUGACUGUAGGCGCGGCGCAGACAAUCAGGCGUGCUGCCGGGAAGAGCAUUAUAUCAACUUCCGGGAAGUAACGUGGGCGCAGUACUGGAUCCUGGAGCCGGCUGGAUACCAGGCUUUCCGCUGUACAGGAGGAUGUAAGCAGCCCAAGCGUAACUAUGGCUACGGACCGAGAUCCUGCUCAGUGGUGGAGAGCGCACCUCUGCCGGUGAUGUACCUGCUAAAGAAAGGGGACUACACACAGAUCGAAGUGGCCGAAUUUCCCAACAUGAUCGUUGAGAAGUGUGGAUGUUCCAUGGACAAGAUUUCCACGUCUUAAAAAAAGAGCAAGGACUUGUGACUAUUCAGCUGAGCACUUAAACUACGUUAU